AGGGGAGUUCCUGGAGGUGGUGUGUGUGUGUUGUAGAGGCUCCCCCUCCCCCCACCAGCCUUUGAAAUUACCCCCUCACCCGGGGGUAAUGCUCUUUGACCGGUUUUCGGCCUUCACCCAGAGGCCAUUAUGCAGGCCGUGCACCUGCACACAUGGCCUCUGCAUGGCACGGACAUACACCACCACCCCCUGCCGCCUCCAGGAACUCCCACGAGGGGUGUAAAAGCCAGCUGCACUCACGUUCCUGACUUUGGGACUUGUCAAGGGAAUGCACUUAAUUUCUGCCCCAAAGGUGUCACUUGUGGAUGUAAAGAUCAAGCACCUUUUUGCAAGUGCCCCUCCUACCGGAAUGACUGGGAAGAUUAUUGGUACAUGGGCCCCAAAUGCGAGCAACUGUGGAGCACUCUGGACCUGAUUGUUGUCGCAGCCGUUCCUGCAGUCACUUUGUCUGUGGUAGCUGCAGUGAUAAUGCAAUGGGUCAAUUACUGCAAGAGAACACCAAAGGAUGGAGCAAGAACUCACAGCCAACCAAGACCUCAAGCACAAGAGAUCCCCAGAUAUGCUCAUAACCUGGAUGAUGGCUCAAGAUACAUCUUUCCACACAGAAGUGAAGAGGACAACAGGACUGUGCAAAAUCCAAAAUUCCCCCCAAUCCCACUCAAGGAACAACCGCAUGAGCAUCCGCCAUUACGACGAGUCAAAGGUUCUAGCUAUGUUCCACAUCCACCGCUGAGAAGAGCCAUGCCAGAAGAUGCAAACCGACCUCCUUACGUCAAGCAGCCUCGGUACUGGGAGCAUGAAACAACCAAUGUGGAUUAUGAAGAAGAAAACCCAUUCUCUGUUAUGGGCAUGCGGCAAUUUCCUAAACCUGGCGCGUCACCAUUCCUUCCUCCUAGCGAUUAUGACGAGGACCUUCCACCAGUGAAUUAUCCGAAUGCUGGAAGGCCCUACAGGAUGGCGCACCCGCAGAAUAUAUACUACUAGGCACUUUUAAAAUGGCUGACAUCCAGACUAGCAUUGUGCUAGUAAGCUGAGAAACUGUGAAGUGUGUCAGUCUGCACAGCUGCUAGCAAGAGACCUUCUCUGGGCCACAUACACAGUUGCGCAACAUGACACACAAGGCCUUGUGAAAUGCAUCUUCUGCUAGCACAAGGAACAAGCCUGGAAUAGACUUCCUUGCACCAACCCAGGGUUUCCAAGUCUGGCCCUCCAGAUGUUGCUGAACUACAGCUCCCAUCUUCCCCAUCACAAGAAAUCGUGGCUGGGGGAUGAUGGGGGUUGUAGUUCAGCAACAUCUGGAGGGCCAUGGGUUGGAACCCCUGGGCUAGCAGCACAACCCGAGUCUGGAUGUAGGCCAAUCUACAAAAUGUCCACGUGAACAAAUAUUCACUGUUCAGUGUGGCCUUCAAUUGGUCCUCUGUAAACAUGUUUAAUUUUCUUCAUGGAGACUUGAUUUGCUGUAAUUGAUGCUGUCAUUGCGCAGCCGUCAAGAUACUGUCUGUAUUUCUUUGCCUAAGCGAGAGACUUAAUGCGUUACUCCAGUCAAUAUUCUUUUUCGGUUACAGUGCUGUCGCAGAUCACUGUGCGUCUGAGCUCUCUGUGUAGGCUUCUGCAACCAGGACGGCUAUUAAAGCACUUAUCUCUCUA